AUGUCUGGGGAAAAGGGUGGUGCUAAUAAGAGGAAUACAUCUGUCUACAAAUUAUGUAAAAUUGAAAUUUUCCAUUAUCCAAGUUGUAGGGAAGAUUGCCCUGCAUCUUCUUUCCACCCACACAUAUUAGAGAGUACAGAAGAUCAAGGUUAUGACAUCAAAAAAUUAUAUGAAUUGAGGGUCUUUUGUGCUAUAGUCCAAUAUGACUUAGCUGCAACAGCAUUGACUGCAUCAUUUUGGUUCAAAUCCUGGACACUAUAG